AUGAAUCACAAAGUGUGGCGUAAACCUUUACAUAAACGGAAAGCAUGGAAGCAAAUGCCUCUGUUUAGUAAACUGAUCUAUUACAUGCAACCCUUUGUGGAACAUCUAUUAGAUACUUGGCUGCAACCUUUACCAUUUCCUACCAUUCUUAAGUUUAUGCACUCAUGCAUUUUAAUGGUAUUCAUAUUUCUCCCCGUUUUAUAUCCCAUCCUAAUAAUGAUCGUUUAUUAUGGUAUAUUGCAAUACCUGAUUGAGAGUCAUUUCGAUAUACGUUAUACGAAUAAUGUGGACUUGAUACAUUAUAUUGAUUAUGUAUUCAAUUAUCGAAUGGCAAAUGAAAAACAUGCUCUAUUUGUCCAUCUAUACAUAGAGCGCUGGCGCUACGUGGCUGCUGCGCUGGCUUCGUUCGUCGAUUAUAUGCGUCUAAUAUUGUGCUUGAUGAUGGGUUAAGAC